AUGGCUAAAAGAAAAGUACCUGGAUUAUUAAGAAGAAUAUUAAAUCAAGAUGAAAAAUUAACUGAAAAAUUUUGUUUAUUUAUGAAUAAAUUUUUACCCUUUCGUCAAUUAAGGGUACAUCACAAAGCGUUAGAAAUAACUUGUCACGGUGCUGCAUGGCUAGCAGGAUGGUUGAUUUUUAUUUACUUAAUUAAUUCUCCUAAAUUAUAUCAAAUGCAAGUUAAUUUCUAUAUAGGGUUAAUUUUAGACAUCAUUUUUGUUGCAAUAUUGAAAGCAUAUACUAGACGUAAGAGACCUUCUGGAAAUACUCCAGAUAUGUUUUUAACAAUCGGAGUUGAUAAAUUUUCUUUUCCGUCUGGUCAUGCUUCCAGAGUAACAUUCAUAGCUCUUUUCUUUAUGUUUUUAUAUCCUCUUCCGAUAUUUUGUUUUCCCCCUCUCAUGGCAUGGCUUGUUAGUCUCUCCAUCUCGAGGAUUUUAAUGAAAAGACAUCACAUAUUGGAUGUUUUGGGUGGAAUUCUCUUAGGCAUCGUAGAAACAUUUAUUUUAAGUUUGUUGUGGCUCAGUAAAGAAUCAAGUGCUACCAUUUUAUCAUUUAUGAAUGAAGAAAACCUCGAGGACUAA